GACGCCAGCUGGACCGACCGGUACGCCGUGGUCGUGGGCGAUGUGCUGCUCGUCUUCAUGCUGCAGACGGCGCCGGAUCUGCCGCUCGGCCUCCGCCUCUGGCCGUCGCAGGUCGUCUGCCUCAAGCAGUCGACCCUCGCCGACAUGAAGAAGGUCGACAUCCGGAAGGACGCCUCCUUCAGCCUCGCCGCGCAGGUCUCGGCGAUGGGCGGCCUCCAGCUGCAGGCCGAGGACCUCGAGACGAUGCAGCGCUUCGCGGUGACGAUGCUGCUCGGCGUCUCCAACGUGACGCGCUCGCGGCAGCAGGCCAAGCUCAAGAUGGCGCAGCAGCUCUUCCACGAGAAGAAGCUCUCGUUGCUCAAGACCCAGCACAUGAUUGAGCUGCUGCACAAGUCGCAGGAGAUCCGAGAUGGCCCAGCCGAGAUGGCGGGCUCCGGCCAGUUCGACGACUGCAACGCCGUGUGCAUGCACUCGGGCACGAUGCGCCAGUCGCUGAUCGACGUGACGCCCUUCAUGCCCGUCUCGGACUUCAUCUGCGAGUAUUGCUCUUGCGUCAUCAUCCCCGAGGAGGAGGCCGAGGUGGCGACGCAGGGCCUCGAGGCGCAGGUCGAGAUGUCGCGGCAGCAGGUGGAGAGCGAGAAGCGCAAGAAGAUGGCCCUCGACGAGGAGACACUCGAGGGCGCGCGCGACGUGCGCAUCCUGCGGCAGCGGCGGCAGCAGAGCGAGCAGGAGGCGCUCGCCAAGCAGCAGCAGAUCGACGACGCGAUUGCCGCGCGGCAGAAGGUGCAGGCGCAGGUGGCGGAGAUGCGCAUGUACGAGGAGCUGCCCGGCCUGUCGAGCGCGGCGCUCGGCGAGCUCAAGGCGGCGCUGCAGGAGCAGCUCGCCGCCGCCCAGCGCGAGCGCAACCGGCUGCGCGACUCGCUCAAGGCCAAGCAGGCGCGCGCCGCGGGCAAGAGCUCCGACCUCGACCCGGAGGACGAGAUCAAGCAGCAGCAGCAGCAGCAGCAGGCGCGCGCCGACGGCCGGCGCCAGGCGCCGAGCGGCAAGCCCGACCUGACUAAGAAGGGCUCGAGCCUGACGCGCAUCCUGUCGUUCAACCGCAAAAACAGCGUGGGCGGCGCGCCCAGCGGCGCCGCCCCCAGCGCGAACGGCAGCACCGAGGCGGCGCCGAGCUCUUCGUCGGGGAAGAAGAGCGUCGCCGGCUCGAUGAUCAGGAAGCUCAGCUUCUCAAAGAAGAAGGAGAGCUCUAAGUAGUACACCAGUACCGAGUGCGACCCCACCCCGGGGGGAGGCUCGGCGCCCGCCGCCGCGGCGGCACCGCCGCCUCGUCCCGGCGCGAAAAGCCCACCCCCCCGGUCGUGAACUCUGUGAUCUUGCGCGCCGCACUCGAGUGUGAUGAGAGAGAGAGAUUCGUGCGCGUCCUGUCGCCCCGCCACCCCACCCCCUGCCCUCCAGCGCGCGGCUAGCUCCCCGUCGUGCUGUCUCUACGGUAUUCAUGUGGCCCGGGCGCGUGGGGGCGUCGUCCGCGCCGCGCAUAUGUCCCGGGGCGUCGCUGUUGUUUUCUUGUGCGAGGCGCGAAUUGAUUUC